GGUACACACGCUAACGCGCAGUGAUGAACUGAUGUUCCUUGAUUGCGGUUCUAUUCUCAGUACGUUGACCUGAGCAACUGGUACACUAAAAAAAUAAAUAUAUUCAUUAAAUAGCGCAAUUAAAAAUUUUAUUAUUGUAACUGAAAAAAUAUCACAUCGGCAAAAAUGAAAGACCAGCCCGAAACUGGAGGCCAAAAAAAAUCUACGAAGCUCAGAAAUCUCACGCAUAAAACAGAAGCCUUUGAUUUACUUCAUCCCAAAGGGAUGGUGAAAACAUUAUGCUCGGGGCAAGUGUGUCUAGGAAGUGUAAUGAGUCUUCCGUUUCAUGGAACCGAACCAAGGAAGAAAGAAGAACUUUUAAUUCAUGCUAAAGACUUUUUAGAACAGUAUUUUGCAUCCAUAAGAAGAUCUAACAGCGAAGCUUAUCGUUCACGCCUAGAAAGUGUCCAAAGAGAAAUAUUAUCAACUGGAACUUAUCAAUUAAGUGAAACAGAACUGGUUUUUGGUGCUAAACUAGCCUGGAGAAACGCUGCGCGAUGUAUUGGUCGUAUCCAGUGGUCAAAAUUACAAGUUUUUGAUUGCCGUUAUGUUACAACGACCAGUGGAAUGUUCGAAGCAAUAUGUAAUCACAUUAAAUAUGGAACUAACAAAGGAAAUAUAAGAUCAGCAAUAACUGUUUUUCCUCAACGAACUGACGGUAAACAUGACUACAGAGUUUGGAAUUCGCAAUUAAUCAGCUAUGCGGGUUAUAAAAAUAAAGAUGGGACUAUUCUUGGUGAUCCAGCCAAUGCUGAAUUUACUGACCUUUGUUUCAAACUUGGCUGGCGUGGACCGCGAUCAGGAAUUCGCACCCGCUUUGAUAUUCUUCCAUUGGUGCUUUCAGCAAACGGACAUGAUCCUGAUUAUUUUGAUAUUCCAUCAGAGCUUGUUUUGGAAAUUCCAAUCAAACAUCCGACAUAUGAGUGGUUUGAAGAAUUACAAUUAAAAUGGUAUGCUCUACCUGCUGUUUCAUCAAUGGUAUUUGAUUGUGGUGGUCUAGAAUUUACAGCAGCACCAUUUAACGGCUGGUACAUGAGCACCGAAAUUGGAGCACGGGACCUCUGUGACACAACUCGUUAUAAUCUUCUUGAAACAAUCGCAGUACAUAUGGGAUUAGAUACAAGGACUCCUAUCACGCUUUGGAAAGAUAAAGCGAUGAUUGAGGCCAAUGUGGCAGUAAUCUACAGUUUCCAGAUAAAAAAUGUAACGAUAGUAGACCAUCACACUGCAUCUGAAUCAUUUAUGAAACAUUACGAAAAUGAAAUGAGAUUAAGAAAAGGCUGUCCAGCCGAUUGGUUAUGGAUUGUACCACCACUAUCUGGUUCUAUUACACCAGUAUUUCAUCAAGAAAUGGCUCUGUAUCAUUUAAAACCUUCAUAUGACGCACAAGAUCCUGCUUGGAAAACUCAUGUGUGGAAAAAGGGACGUGAUAAAAAAGCGACAUCUAAAAAACCCCGUCGUAAAUUUCAUUUUAAACAAAUUGCUAGAGCCGUCAAGUUUACGUCAAAACUUUUCGGACGUGCUUUAUCACGACGUAUUAAAGCGACAGUUCUGUUCGCAACUGAAACAGGAACAUCACAAAUGUAUGCUGAAAAACUUGGCGAAUUAUUGGGGCAUGCAUUUCAUUCACAAGUUCUUAGUAUGGCUGAAUAUGAUAUCAGUAAUAUUGAACACGAAGCAUUACUUCUUGUUAUUACCUCGACAUUCGGUAAUGGAGAUCCACCGGAAAACGGCGAGGCCUUUGCGCAAAAUUUAUAUGCUAUGAAAAUGAAUGAAACUUAUAAUAAUAAUAAUGAAUCAAAAAUAACAUUAGCGACUUCAAAGUCAUUUAUAAAAGCUAAUAGUCAAACUGAAGUAGGUAGUGUCAAAAAAUUAGAUAGAUUAGAUUCUCUUCGUGGAUCUACUACAGAAUCACAAAAUGAAGAUACUUUUGGACCUCUCAGCAAUGUCAGAUUCGCAGUAUUUGCUCUUGGUUCAUCAGCUUAUCCAAAUUUCUGCGCGUUUGGUCGUUAUGUUGAUAAUUUACUUGGAGAACUUGGUGGUGAACGAUUACAUAAAUUAUCUCAGGGCGAUGAAAUGUGUGGUCAAGAGCAGGCAUUCCGAAAAUGGGCUGCUGAUACUUUUGCUGUUGCCUGUGAAACUUUUUGUCUUGAUGAUGACGACACACUACUAGAAGUUGCACUAUCACUUGGGUCUGAAGCAUUAUCUAGAUCAACUGUCCGAUUUAUUGAAGCCGAUCCUCAACCAAUUGCUAAAUCUUUGAGUAAAUGCCACAAUAGAAAUGUGACGACUUGCAAUAUGUUAAGGAAAACAAAUUUAAGCGGAAAUGAUUCUGGUGCGACUACGUUACUAUUAGAACUAGAUGACUUAGCAAGCAUGGAAAUUGCUUACAAGCCAGGGGAUCAUCUAGGAGUAUUUGCAUGUAAUAAGAGUGAACUGGUUGAGGGAAUUCUUGCUCGUAUUGAACCAACAAUAGAUUUUGAUACUCCUAUGGAGCUUCAAACGCAAAAACAAUCUCAUACGCCAAAUGGAGUCGUUAAAACCUGGAUACCUCAUGAAAGGUUUUCACCGAAUUCUCUGAGAAUGUUACUCACACGAUUUUUGGAUAUCACGACCCCACCGACGCCUAAUCUUCUGAGAUACUUUGCAUCAAUUGCUGAAAAUCCUAAAGAAAAAGCUCAGCUCAAUCUUUUAGCUACUGACUCAGCGGCUUACGAAGAUUGGAAACAUUGGAAGUACCCGAAUUUAUUUGAAGUUUUGGAAGAGUUUCCUUCAGUGAAACCGUACGCUCCGCUUUUUGUUCUUCAUUUAACGCCACUACAGCCUAGAUUUUACAGUAUUUCCUCUUCACCGCUUGUUCAUAAGGGACAAAUUCACUUGACAGUUGCUAUCGUGCAAUACAAAUCUCAGGGAGGAACUGGACCUAUUCAUUAUGGCGUAUGUUCUAAUUAUCUCAAUGAAAUAAAUGACGGCGAGCCUUUAUACGUAUUUGUACGCAGUGCGCCGAACUUUUAUAUGCCUCCUGAUGUCAGUGCUCCGAUGAUUCUAGUAGGUCCAGGUACAGGAAUAGCUCCAUUUAGAGGAUUCUGGCACCAUCGUUAUGCUCAAAUGCAGCUUGAACCCCAACAAGAGUUCGGUAAAAUUUGGCUAUUUUUCGGCUGUCGUCAAAAAAACAUAAAUCUCUACUGUGAGGAAAAACGAGAAAUGAUGGAAGCAGGAGUACUAGAUAAAGUUUUCCUCGCUUUGUCUCGUGAACAGGAGAUUAAGAAAACUUAUGUCCAGGAUUUGAUCCAAGCGGAAGCUUUACAAAUUUUUAAUAUGCUGGUGCAUGAAAAUGGACAUUUUUAUGUUUGCGGUGACUGUACUAUGGCUGAAGAUGUUUAUCAGACAUUGAAGCAAAUUAUUCAAACAAACGGACAAAUGUCAGACAAAGAAGUUGAAGCUUACAUGCUUUCUUUAAGGGAUCAAAACAGGUAUCAUGAAGAUAUUUUUGGAAUAACUUUCCGUACAGCAGAAGUACACAAUCGAUCUCGUGAAACUGCGAGAAUUCGAUUGGCAACAGAACCGGCAUCAAAUUAAUAUGAUAUUUAAAGAACAUUUUAAAAUAAAUAAAACGAUUGAAACUUUUAAACAAGAUAAAACGAAAAAAAAAAAAUAAUUAAAAAUCUUAAAACAUUUAAAAAUUUGUCUUCUCGAAUUGCAUGCUAGUAAUAUUUUAUUCACAAGUAAAUUUUGAUUUAUAUUUUUGGUGAUAUACAGACAUUAUGUACACAUACAUACACAUUUACAUACAAUGGACACACGUAUAUAAAUAAAUAUAUACAUUACAGACAAAAAAAUUUACAAACUAUUAAUUAGUAUUAAUAAUUUUUAAGUAUUAUCAUCAGUUCAUAUCAAUCGCACAAAUUUCGCAAGUAAUCGUAGAAGUAUUGUGAUAUCGCGUAAUAAAUCUAUCGAUAUUAUUCGAGUUAUAUAUAAAUAUGUAAU